AGGGUUAUAGAGAGUUGCGUUCAGGAAUAAAGAUUAGAGGAGUAGAGAGAGAGAGGGAGAGGAACUAAGAAACCCCAGAGGAAGCCGAGGACACACGUCAGGACACCCAGACUCCACAAAUCGGGCGCUCGCUCUGAACUCACGCCCAAUUUAGUCACUUCGAAGAACCUCAGAAUAACAGGGGUUAAACCGAGCUCCCCGUCCGCUCUCCAAGGAGGACUCCUGGUCUUGAACUUUUAGAAGCCAUCACUAUGGGAUUUAGGAUUCUGUGGCUUCUCGUGCUGCAUAUAUGUUGGAUUUCUCCUAAAGGAGCGUCGUCCUGCGAUGUAAAUGUUGCGGAGCAGCAGUUGUUUGCGGAGCGGAACGAGUUUGUCCUCUUAAACUGCACGUCCGCGUGUUCGCCCUUACACUGGAAAUCCCCGCUUCUGAAAGACAACAGGACGGAGGGCGACGGAUGGAUAUCGGUCAUGGUGAAAGCCGAGCUGAAAAAAGAAAAGGCCUAUUGCAAUUAUGUAUACCCCAACGCGACGCUGAUUACAAAGGCGGUGCAAGUCAUUGGCUACGCCUUUCCCAGCGGGGUGGCAAUAGACAUGCCGGAUUUACUAAAAGAAGGGGCUCUGUAUGAUGUCACGUGCAGUGUUUACGGGGUAGCACCCAUUGAUUCUGUCACCGUGUCGUUGACAAGAGACGGUCAAGUGAGACAGGAGAAGAGGUUUGACAACGACAGCCGGCAAGGGAUGGUUAAUGAAACGGUGACAUUCCAGUUUAUGGCGCGACGGAGUGACAACCUGAAGGACUUCUCCUGUGAAGCCACCCUGGAACUUGGCACUUUUCUCACCCAUACGGUUUCAUCUAACAAUGUCACCGCUAGGACAUUCAGUCUACCAAAUAACAUGGAAAUAAUCUCGAAGGUGUGGAUCGAGACAGGAGCCACCGCCGAAGUUAAAUGCGUGGCGCCCAAAACGUUCCCCCCAGAAAACGUGACGAUGGAAAUGCGUUUUAACUUCGAUCCGUUGAGUCUGGAUACGAUCGUAAGGCCGGACGGCACGGUGGAAGGGAGAAGUACGCUGCCUUUGAGCAACGUGCCAACUGGGAAAAACGAGCUUGUCUGUGAAGCAGAGGUUUUUGGCUUCGCAAGAAAUAGUUCCUUCGAAGUCAAUAUUUAUGAGCACCCAGCCAUCGCAUACGAGGUAUCGAAAGACGGCAUCGGUUUGGGUGAAAACAUAACGGCAUUUUGUAAUGUAACAAACGCUAACAAAGAAGUGUAUAUAAUUCGCGUCUUGGAGAGCGGGCAGGUCGUGUGUGAAGAUGAUAGAUUUGGAAGACUCGCGUGCGAUAUUACUGCCGGCCGCAGAUUGCCCGAGAUGAUUGUUACGUGCAGGGCUUACCUCAUUGAGAAUGAAAAUGUAACCGAAGAGGAAUCUAGAAAAGUUUCAGUAUAUUAUCCUCCACAGUUCACGGAUAAUCUUUGUCCAAACAACGUCAUAUGGGUAGAAGGAAAGACUACGCAUCUCCCCUGCGAAGCCGAGGGGAACCCAUUGCCUUCGGUGACAUGUAAUCUGCCCGACAAUAUAACGAGGAAACACUCCGGUGCUUAUACAUGUGAAGCUACGAACGGUCAUGGGAAAGUGGAGAAGUCUAUAAACCUCAUAGUGCAAUAUAAGCCAUCGCCACCUGUAGUAACCGUGGCUCCCAGCGCAGAAAUUAGAAACGGAUAUCCUUUCAAUCUGACGUGUGAGUCGGACGCUCUUCCCGCUUCCGAGUACAGAUGGAGUCUCCCACCCGAUGCUGUCGUGAUCUCGUCCUCGGAUAACAGCUCCAUCACCAUCACCCACUCGACAUCCUCCCACGGCGGGGAGUACAGGUGUGAGGUCAGCAAUAAGCACGGAUCGGCAACAGCAAGCGUCAAUGUACAGAUUACGGAUAACACCUGGCUGAUCGCUCUUAUUGUCAGCGUGGUCGCCGCCGCUGUCCUGCUAUCGGCUGGCCUGGUUUUUUACUGGUUAUGGCGAAAAGGCAAAAUCGGGUUUUACCGCGUAGAAAGUGCGCCGUGCAAGAGUGACUCCGCGAACGAGAUGACCGAGCUGAGCAACGGGCACCAGCUGCAAAGUUAGAUUUCCAGAAUGUUGUUCUCUUUAGGACAGUAAGAUUUGACGCAUUGCCUUGUAUGUUGCCGCCAAAGAAUAGGAACGCUGUUCAUCGUCUCCGCUAGCAGCGUCACGUUCCUUCACACACACACAGCAACGAUUCUUAAAACGAUGGGGAAGGAAACUUUGUGAACGUCAGAAGGAUGAAGAAAAAAGUAUUAUGUCGUCUAUCGGUGAUGGGUCGGUUAAUGCCCAACACCGAAUCUCCAAAAUCUCCACCCCACAGCUCAAGAUUAUUAUUAUAGACGGUCAAGGCGGCCAUAAUGCGGCUAUAAAGACUACAGAAUGGACCUCCGAUCUGAAAUAGCCAUCAGAUAAUUUGUUUGUUACCUAAGAACUGUUGUUUUUUUUUGUGUAUAAGUUAAAAUUCACCAAAUUGCCCACAGCAAUGUAAAAGGUGGGUUCCAACAUCAUUCAUUUCACUCUCUAGAAUGAUAGUUGCGGUUGGUACAGUUUAUCGGGCCAACAAACAAAAAGAUGUAACGUUGCGUAGCUGUUCAGACCUCCUUUUCAGAUGGAAAAAUCUGUCAUUUUAGUGUUCCUGAAGACUUCACCACAUUGCAUUUGGCCAGAAGACACUAAUGUGUGAUGCGGUCUGAUUAGAUACACAGGCAAGGGCAUUAAGAAGAAUGUACACAUUUUAAUGUUGCAGAACACUGUGAUACACUCAUACCCAGCAAACACUGUGACCGUCAGGGUUUGUCUCUGAGUCUCAGGGGUUUUUUUUAACCACAAACUCAAGGUAAACAGGCAGAUUGUCAGGUUCUCGCACUCUGGAUGACACCUUCUUAUACGGUUUGGACUGCUGCUUGUCCCACUGCAACCUACCCCCAGCAUUUCAGGUGCCCCUUUGUUGGGGGUGAAGGCAGGGUAAAAUCUAGAGAUGGGGCAAGGGAGUCUACCCCUCGUGUAUGACACUCACAACUGUCUGAGAUAAUGGAGGCAUUUGGGAGGUAUAGUGCUAUAAUUCAUCUGAAAUCCCUGCUUGAAUGUAGGUGUUGA